AAUCUCACUCUCUCGCUGUCUCUCUCUAUCUCUCUCUCUCUCUCUCCCUCUCUCUCUCUCUCACUCUCUCUCUCUCUCUCUCCGGAGUGACGUCGGUGUUAAGAAGAAGAUGGCGGCGCCAGGAAAGGCGGAAGGUGUAUCGCAGUGUGGACCUCUGUGGUGUGUGAGUUGUGUGUAGUGCCGCUGGUUGGAGUGAGUCGACUAGUCAUCAUGAACAAUAAGGAGAGAGAGAGCACAAAAGAGUCAGAGAACAGUCGAGGCCAGAUGAAGGUGUUUCUGCCUAACAAGUUGUUGGAGCGUCUCCCUCAAACCACCUCCCUACCCAAGGAGAGACUACGAUGGAACACCAACGAGGAGAUUGCAUCCUACUUGAUCACAUUUGACAGACAUGAAGAGUGGCUAUCCUGCUCGCUCAAGACCAGGCCCCAGAAUGGCAGCAUCUUCCUGUAUAACAGGAAGAAGAUCAAGUACAGGAAGGACGGCUACUGCUGGAAGAAGAGGAAAGAUGGGAAGACCACCAGAGAAGACCACAUGAAGCUCAAAGUACAGGGCAUAGAGUGUCUCUACGGUUGCUACGUCCAUUCUUCCAUCGUCCCAACAUUCCACAGGAGGUGCUACUGGCUGUUGCAGAACCCAGACAUGGUGCUGGUUCACUACCUGAAUGUUCCGUCGUUGGAGGAUCAUGGGAAGGCGUGCGGCCCGUUGCUAUGUGCUGUUGCCGACCGCCGAGACUCGUUACGCUGGAGCCGAGACGAACUACUGGCCCAGCUCAAGCCUAUGUUCCACAGCAUUAAGUGGUCAUGUGGAGAAGGUUAUGGAUCAUCAGAGUUCUCUAUAGAACAACUGGCUCAACAGAUCCUGGAGUCUCAACAGACCAAACCUCAGCCUCGCACACACACCUGUCUCUGCAGCUCCACACUGGCGUCUCCUGGAGCUAACAUUCCCCACCGCUGUAACAGCACCAAACAUCGCAUUAUCUCCCCCAAACUGCCCGCUACCAGCCCUGCCCUGUCAGCCUCACCCCUGGCUGAGGGGGAGACAGGAGGGGGAGACAUCCCUGCAGGCGGCGAGAAGAAACCUUCCCCACACACACACCCUCCCCCCUCACACACACACUCCCAGGUAAAACUUGGAGGGUCUACCAGCCUGGUAGGGAGACAUGAGGGAGUCUCUUCCUCCCCCUCUCCCCCCUCCUCCUCCUCUUCCUCCUCCUCAUCAUCCCCCCCUCAGGCUCACCGCACAGCAACCAUCGCCGUCAGCAACGGCACCACCAACAGUUUCUAUGGUGACCAGCGGGGCCUGACGACGGUUGCCCUACCGCAGAAUGCGGUGAUCGUCAUGACUACGGCGGGGGUCAUCGGGACGCAGGGUGGAGGAGAGCGGGAGUCGAGUCUGUCUCUUACCCGUUCAGGUCAGCUGGUACUCUCCCCCGUCCCCCCUAAACCAGACACCCCCUCCCCCAACCCCACCUGCUCCACCCACCCCUCCCCCCCAACCCUGGGGUGGCUACUCUCAGCCUCACCCUCCUGUCCUCACCCGUUAUCCCUCCCUCCAUCCCUUUCUCUAUCCCUCUCUCCGUCCCACUCCACCCCUUCUUCCUCCCUCCCUCCAUCCCUUUCUCUAUCCCUCUCUCCGUCCCACUCCGCCCCCUCUCUCCUGCCUCUGUGUCUGGAAUCAGCGCUGGCCCUGGGCCCUCUGGGGGAGACAGAGGGGGAGAGGGGGGAGGCAGAUGGAGAGAGAGAAAGACAGAGGGAGGAGGGGAGAGAAGAGGGGCACCCGCCCACCAAACUGGCUCUCCUCCAGCGAAGCCAAUCCCCCAAACUGUCGUCGUCAGGGCAACACCACAGAAAAGCAUCAUCAUCGCUACUCCUGAUUCGCCACGAAACGCAGCAGACCUCUCCCACUCAGCAGAUGGCGCCCAAUCUGCAGCCUCACAGGCAGGACGGAGAGCAGCCAUUGGUCGUCCUAGAGCCCAAAGAGCUCCAGCAGCAACUCCCCCAACCCAUGACCUCUAUGCACUGUAACCCCAACCCCACCCUGACCCCGACCCCACUGACCCUGACCCAGAACCACCACUCUCAACUCCUCCUGCUGCAACACAGACGUCUUCAGAGUCAGGAGAGAGAGAUGGAGAAAGAGGUGGAAAGAGAGAGGCAGAGGGAGGUGGAAAGGGAGAGGGGGAGGCAGCUCUUACUCCUGCACCAGAGACUCAGCCAGCCGACUCCCUUAGAGUCCCUGUUUGCUAACAUCAACAACGUGGCUAAUGCAAACAUGGCUCUUUCGACUACUGUUAACAUGGACAGUACCAAUGCCACUAUGGAUAAUGUUAACAUGACCAAUAUGGCUAAUGGGCGGGUUAGAGUAAAGGAGGAGAGGGGGCGGGGCUACGAGGCAGAGGACACACCCAUGGACACGGGUCAAAGGUCGGAGGUCACGGAUGUCUCGGAGGAGCUAGAGAUAUCGUUCGACAGCCAGUUCCCUGACCUCAUCUCUGAGCUCAUCACAGAGGCCGACGCCCCCAACACACACACACACACACACACCUCGGUCCUCGUCCCAAACCCGGCUCCCACCAGCCUGUUCCCUACGGGGGUACGUUACAUGGUUCCUCCCCAGCCCUCCCCCUCCUCCUCCUUCCUCCCCUUCCCCCCUCUUCCCCCUAACAACGGGACUGAGCUACAACGCCUAGCAACCAUCACAGACUUCUCCCCCGAGUGGUCCUACCCAGAGGGUGGUGUGAAGGUGUUGAUAACAGGUCCCUGGUUGGAGGCUACUGGACGUUACAGCUGCGUGUUUGACCAGAGCACCGUCCCCGCUUCACUUAUUCAGCCUGGAGUACUACGGAGCUAUUGCCCUGCCCACGAGGCAGGAUUGGUGUCUCUUCAUAUAGUGGAGGACAGUGGGUCUGUCUCUUCGUCUGUUCUGUUUGAAUACAGAGCUAGAAACGCCUCGUCUCUACCCAGCUCACAGCUGGACUGGCUGUCCCUGGACGAUAACCAGUUCCGUAUGUCCAUCCUGGACAGACUGGAGCAGAUGGAGAGGAGGAUGGCUGAGAUGUCUGCAACCAACCCACACACACAGCCGCCGCCACAAUGCCAGCGGAUCAGCACACUCUCCCCACACACACCUCCGCCCGAGGACAGAAGCCAGUCAGGCCCAUGGUUUGAGAGGAGGAUAGUUGGAGUAUGUGAGAGGAUGAUGGAGGGAGGGAGGUGGAGAGGAGGGGGAGAAGAGCGCCUCGCUCACUCCAUACGCCACAGAGGGAUGACACUGCUCCACCUGGCCGCUGCACAGGGAUACACACACCUCAUCCACACACUCAUCCACUGGAGGAGUGUCAACAGUGACAGUCUGGACGUAGAGCAGGAAGUUGAUCCUCUCACCGUCGAUCAUUUCUCAUGCACUCCUCUGAUGUGGGCGUGUGCUCUGGGACACCAGGCAGCAGCCGAGGUUCUAUAUGGUUGGAACAGCCAGGCGCUCGGAAUUCCUGACUCACUAGGCCGCCUCCCCCUCGCAGUUGCACGCUCUCGCGGACACACAUGCCUCGCCCGCGCGCUGGAGGACCUACACACACACCGCCCCGACACGCACACACCCACAGAGAGGGCCGAGGAGGGGGCUCAGGGGGAGCAGAGGACCACCCCCACUCCACAACUCCCCCCCUCUCCACUGUCCACCAGUCCUGACACAGGUCUGAGUUCGUCCAGUAGUAUUCCCUCCCCCUCUCUCUCCCUCCCCUCCCCCUCUCUCAGCUCAGCCUACUCUAGUGGGUCUGUACCCCUCUACAACCCUCCUGACCCAAUGGAUACCUCCCCCUCCUCCCCUCUCUCUCCCCUGUCCUCCCUCCCCCUCUCCCCUCCCUCCCCCUCUCUCUCCCUCCCUCUGAGUCUGCCGGUAUGGGGCGAGGCCUGUGGAGGUUGUGAAGCUGGGGACUCUAGUUUGAACGCCGGGCCCAGAGACCCUCUCUUCCUCAUGGACUACGAACCGGCCCCUCCCCACUCCCCUCCCGGACCUCCACACUCACACACACCCCCGUCGCUCACACACACCCCCCGUCGCUCACACACACACACCUUCAAGGAGCAGGUGAGCUUCAAUGAGAAUGCAGAGAACGAGGAGGAGUUCCUGCCUGCUGAGGUGCAACAGGUUGACAUGGCAACGUUAGCAGAGCAGAUCAUCGAGGCGACUCCUGAGCGAAUCAAACAAGAGGAAUUGUCCAGGGGGGCGGAGUCACCGCUCAGAGAGAGGCGGGACAACACGGUGAUAUCCGACACAUUGCCCUGGUUGGCCACUUACCUGGACACUCACACACACUCCUCUCUGUCCAGAUGUGUGUACCCCCCCAUGUGUGUACCCCCCUCCCACCUCAGUACCCUGGCCCUCCAGAGGCUGCGGCCCCCCAGUAGUGUGGCGUGGGCGGAGUUCCUGAACGCCUCGGCCAAUGGGAGGAUGGAGAGAGACUUUGCUCUGCUGACUCUGACUGACUCUGAGCAGAGAGAACUGUACGAGGCUGCGCGCAUCAUUCAGAACGCCUUCAGACGAUACAAGGGUCGGAGGUUGAAGGAACAGCAGGACAUGGCAGCAGCCGUCAUCCAACGAUGCUACAGGAAGUACAAGCAGCUAACAUGGAUAGCUCUGAAGUAUGCUCUGUAUAAAAGGAUGACUCAGGCAGCGAUACUGAUCCAGUCUAAGUUCCGUAGUUACUAUGAGCAGAAGAAAUUCCAGCAGUCUAGACGGGCUGCGGUUCUGAUCCAACAGUACUACCGCAGCUAUAAGGAGUAUGAACGCCUCAAACAGGGACCCAGAGGGUCCGGAUCACACAAUCCAAAACUGAAGGGUUCCUUCCUGACUAAGAAGCAGGACCAGGCCGCUAGGAAGAUCAUGAGAUUCCUACGACGAUGCCGACACCGGAUUAAAGAGUUGAAACAGACUAAGGAGUUAGAGAGGAGAGGGCUUACCACCUAACUCCUCUUUUACCCCUCCUUCAUCCUGCCAUCCGCCACAGGAGAGAGCGAUGACUGAUGGAGAAGAGAGAGCAGCCUGUCUGCCCUC